GCCCAAAAGGCAGGUGACGAUGGAUAGAAUAAAAGACACAAACUGAGUGAAAUCAGAACCGAGUGAGUUUCGAUUUUCCCUUUCUCUCCUUCUCCCUAAAAUCGAUCUCAAAUCUCGUCGUUGAAGAUGAAGAAGGAAGACACCGUGAAGCUGAUCAGCGCCGAGGGCUUCGAAUUUGUCGUCCACAGAGACGCCGCCAUGGUCUCCCAGACCAUCCGCAACAUGCUCACUUCUCCAGGUGGUUUUGCCGAAACGGAACUCGGCGUGGUGAAGUUCCCUGACAUAAGCACCACAAUUCUUGAGAAGAUCUGCAAGUAUUUCUAUUGGAAUCUUCAAUUCGCCAGUGGUAAGCAGACUGAGUUUCACAUUGAACCAGAACUGACCCUGGAGCUGAUGAUGGCAGCCAAUUAUCUUCAUACAUGAGUAUAUCAUUUCUGCCCAGCCACGUAGGUGAAUCCUAUUAAAAAUUGAUUGUCCACGAGGUUGGUGUUACACUGCUUGAAGACGUUAGGAUUUUAAACACUGGUGUCUAGACCAGAAUUGUCAACUGGACUCAAUGUAGUAUAUGUAUGAUUGCACUUUGACUUGGAACAGCGUGUGAAGUCCAUUGUAGUAAAGUUCAUUCAGUUACAACUUAUCAGACAAUGUGAGACUCCUCCCUUAACAUUAAUGAUUAGUCUUAAAACUGAGAAUCAUAAUUUAGAGAAGAUCUCUGACAAACGCUAGUCACCUGUGCUGGUUGGCUUAGAUAUAACUGAAGUUAACAUCCGAUCCCUUUAGUAGUGUCUGUUUGUUUGUGUGUGA